AUGUGGGCAAACACUAUGUCUUCCAAGAAAAAAAACUUCAGGCUGAACGACACAAAAUGGCAUCUUCUUGUGCUGGAAAUAGCGAACGAUGAAAUCCGGUUGGGUGUCGACGGCUUCAACUCAUUCACCGCCAUUAACGAAACAGAGAUUCCAAAGGGGAAACUUCAACUCAACGAUGAUGACAGUGGCUUCACCGGAUGCGUCCGUUCCCUCGUUAUUGAUGACGAAGCGAUUGGCUUACAAGCCAUCGGAAAAGACAUCGAAGUGCUUUAUCAGAUGUAUACCUAUACUUGCGACGACCGAUGCCACGAUAAUUUCUGCCAAAAUGCAGCCGAAUGUAUUGAAGACUUCGCGAAAGACACUGCCGUCUGUCGUUGUCGCUAUCCGAACGUGUACAGUGGACGAAACUGCGAAAUCGAUAUCAAUCAAAAUUCCUCUGUGUCGUUUCACGGUGGUUUUUUGAAGUACGAGUUGUCACAGAACGCUCUCGUCGAUCAGACCAUACUCUCGUUUCGAACGGACCAACCACAGGCGUUAAUAUUGUUCGUGCACGAUCACAACAAUAACUUCAUGCAGCUACAUCUUUCUGAAGAGGUGAACCUCACAUUAUCGCUCAACAAUGAAGAUAUCGUCUCAUUUUGUACAGUACGUGCUCGCGAAGGAACCGAAUUCGGCAAUAUGGAAUGGAUACAGGUAGGUCCCUUUCAGUCGAUACCUAAAUCUCCAGCUAACACAGGUCCAGGUAACAAAAAGUCGUUUUUAAUGUCGUAUCUAUUACGGAUCACUAUCGAACAUUCGACCGAUUCCUCAACGCUUACCGUGAACGACGAUGCCUGCUCCAUUCAUGCCCCGCGGAAACUUGCUCAACGUCCAGUUCAGAAAUUCGUUAAUGUGUUCACGGAUAUUGUGAUCAUCCCGGUCGGUCUGAAUUCACCAGCCGAUCCGAAACCGUUUUUGUACACAUUCAUGGGUGGAAUCGAAAGAGAAAGCCAUUCAACUGACGGCUCGAUGGUGCUCCGUCCGAUCUAUCAGUGCGCCGUUGCGAAUCUGCUCGGUUGCAUGAGAGGCGUGCGAAUCGGCGGCGAACUAGUCGACUUACGCCAUACAACUCACGGUUAUCGGCCUAGUGAUCCGAAUCUCGUCCGUUCUGGUUGUGAUAUGGGAUGCAAUGAGUUGGAUUGCAGGAACGGUGGUCAUUGUUCGGUGUCAUGGCGUGGUGUCGGCGCCAAGAUGAAGGCCUUACGCUCGCCUCAGAUGCGCACUUCACGUUCGACGUGGGCCGCUUUUUGUCGCGUUACAUUCUGA